CCGAGCCCUAGGCUGAUGCGCGAGUGGGCUGGGUGGGCGAGCGUGCCUCGUUCCUGGCCGAAUGGUAAAUCUCUUCCUUCCUUCUUGCAGACUGCGCUCAGCGCUUUUUUCCAAGAAACAAACAUCCCCUACAGCCAUCACCAUCAGAUGAUGUGCACUCCUGCCAACACGCCCGCCACCCCCCCCAACUUCCCCGACGCCCUCACCAUGUUCUCUCGCCUCAAGGCCUCCGAGAGCUUCAACAGCAGCAGCCCUGUGGCAUCCAUGGCGACUUCCCCUCCUCCCCCCCGCCACCCGCUCCCCCACCCCGGGGGCUUCAACCCAGCCUGGCCUGCAGCAUCCCCCUCCAGCCAGCUGCAGCAGAGCAUGUGGACUUCGCCCUCACCCUCGCAGCCCUCGGGUUGGCCCGCCACUGUCUCCCAACAAGCCACGUCCGAACAGAAGGCCAACGUGACCAUGGAGGCCGAGAGAUGAGGCAGCAGGGGAGGGGAAACCCAAUGUGGGCAGGGCCCCUGUGUUCAUUUUUUCCCCCUUUUUUUGAGGAGGAGUGGAACUUGGUUGUCACGGAGACUGGCAGCCACAGACAGACAGACAGACAGACACACAAGCAAAUAGCAGCCUUGCAUGGGUUUGAAGUAGUUUUUAAUUGUCCUAGAGCUGACCAGAGCUCCUCAGAGACACAGGGAGGCUAUGCCGGAUGCUGGAGCCAUCGCUGGCCUCUGCAUCCUGGACUUUAUAGGACUCUCUCAAUGAGGGGACCCAUUCCCCAGCUUUCCUGAUGGGACGUUGGAGUUUUGCAUGCGAGUGUCAUUUAUUGGGGGGGGGGUGCGGGGAUCCCUUCAGAACCCACUUCUCCCUCCCAGCAUGGGGUGGAGUCCCUCUGCCAGGCAGAAGGGGGUUGUGGGUAUUACACAUCUUCCCACACAGCUCCCCCAACCCCACCGAAUGGCAUUUUUUUUUUUUUUUUAAAGAAAAAACAAAACAAAAAAACCCUCCCUGCCCUGUUUCUGCUCAGCCACGGGCCUAAAGCCCAAACACUGAGCUCGCUUUGUACCAAGAGCCAGGGGGAAGGCAGGCUCCUUUGGAGAAAUAGAGCCACUUGUUUUCUGUGACCCCCAGCUCUCUGCUUUCCACGGCAGGGGCCUGUGCUCCCUCUCUCAGCUGAGGGGGCCAGAUUCCCAUUGAGAUGGGUGGCUGGGCUCUCGUCCCCUCAGGCCACUGGGGCUGGCGCCGGCACCCUUUGCAUGAUGCAGCAUAUGCCCCACAGAGGCCGGGCUUGCUUGGGCACCCUCUGUUCUUUGCCGCUGGCUGGGGGAAGGCCUUUCGGAGGCGCUCCGGUGGCACCAGGCCUGGGCUGUCCGUGGCGGCCGCCUGCAAUACACGCUCUUCUGCUUUGAA